AUUUUAGCUAAAAGUAAGAUCGUCAAUCAGCAAAACACUUUUACCCAACAUCACACAAGAAAGUAGCUGUGGAAGACAAGUUCGCGGGCGGAAUUUUAGCGGGCAAGCGGCACAGCAGCUGCCCCCAAGCAAAUCGAAGCUUCUGGAUAAUUUUCUUCCACAUUCAAACCUGCCAACGUCCACGCCGUCUUGGUUCAAUUGACUUUCAGCCCCAACCAACGGUACUUACCCCAGGUCUAUCUUUUACAAAAUGCGCCCGACCAGAUUUCUGUCGCAAAAUCUCCGAUUGACGCUAUUCACGCGGGUCAAUUGCUCCCUCUGCGAUGUCGUCAAACACACAUUGAACCAGGUCCAAACCGCACGGCCGUUUGACUACUCUGAAGUGGACGUGUUGAAGAACAAGGAAUGGAAGCAAGCAUAUCAAUACGAGGUUCCUGUUCUACAUAUUCAGAAGCGGAUAUCCGCCGGUGGCGAUCCCGAAGUGCUCUCGGAAGCAAAAAAGCUGUUCCAUCGCUUUACCCGGGAGGAGCUGGAGAAAGCAAUGGAUGAGGUCGAAAGCUCCAACUGAGCCGUAAAAAUCUAUAUAUAUUGCUCACACAAGCCCGACCACUGACGGCGGUUAUCCAGCCUUUGCCGUCGUCAAUGAACCUUCGAGAUGAGUCGAAAGCGCGUAGACGUCGGAAGUAACGGAGAUCUGUCCGAUUAAAACAAUGAUCUUAGAAAAGUGCUCUAUACAAUCAACGGCGGAGGUUUGGGAUUUCUCCUCUGGGACAAAAUACCAUGUGAAAUCCUUGUGAGGCAAAUUUUUUGGCCAUUUCGCCAUUUGGACUGAAUAUACCGGCUUUUUUGCCAUUGUCCACUGCUGCUUUGCGAAUUCGCUCGAUCGCGGCCUCCAACUCGGGGUGAAACUCAUUAAUCACUGGCCGGCCAAUGUUGUUUCCCAGGUCAUAUGGCCCGACGAGCAAAACGUCAAUUCCUGGCACCCUGGCAAUCUCUUCGACCUUAAAAUUCAUACCCUCUUGUAUUAGUUAUGACGACAGUUUUCCCCCAUGUACAAUAGAGAGAAUCUUUUUUUCCAGGCGAUUUUUGCUGACGC